CCUCAAAUAAUGGAGACGAAGUGGAGAGAGAAAGCUCCCACUCUCUCACACCCCAAACCCCCAAAGCUUCUUCUUCUUCUUCUUCUUCUUCUUCUUCCUCUUCCUCUCUAAUCUGAAUCCCAAAUCCCAAACUCAAAGCUCUCUCACUCUCUUUUAUGACACAAGAUCGCUCAGAAAUGUCUGAGGACGAUGAUGACCAACAAUCUCCACCGUUGGAUCUACGCUCUGCCGCCAUAGCUAAACCUUCCUCUUCCUCUUCCUCUUCCUCCUUCGUCGUCGUCGUCGUCGAUUCAACUCCAAACAAAUCUCGUAACUGUAUCUCCUCCUCCUCCUCUGGUUCCUUAACUUCACAGCCUUUCCCUGACCAUGUACUCGAGAACGUCCUCGAGAACGUGCUUCAGUUCCUAGAUUCGAGAUGUGACCGUAACGCUGCUUCUCUCGUUUGCAAAUCUUGGUGGCGUGUCGAAGCUUCGACUCGAUCUGAGGUUUUUAUUGGGAACUGUUACGCUCUCUCUCCCGCGAGGUUGACUCAAAGGUUCAAGCGUGUUAGUUCUCUUGUGCUUAAAGGGAAACCUAGGUUUGCUGAUUUCAAUCUCAUGCCUCCUGAUUGGGGUGCUAAUUUUGCUCCUUGGGUUUCUACUAUGGCUAAAGCUUAUCCUUGGCUUGAGAAGGUUGAUUUGAAGAGGAUGUUUGUUACUGAUGAUGAUUUAGCUCUUCUUGCUGACUCCUUUCCUGGUUUUAAAGAGCUUAUCUUGGUUUGCUGUGAAGGUUUUGGUACUAGUGGUAUUGCUAUUGUUGCCAAUAAGUGCAGAAAGCUGAAAGUGCUUGAUUUGAUUGAGUCUGAGGUCAAUGACGAUGAAGUGGAUUGGAUUUCUUGUUUCCCUGAGGAUGUUACUUGUUUGGAGUCUUUAGCUUUUGACUGUGUGGAAGCCCCAAUCAAUUUUAAGGCGCUUGAGUGUCUUGUUGCUAGGUCACCUUUCUUGAAGAAACUUAGGCUGAACAGGUUUGUGUCCCUUGUGGAGCUUCAUCGCCUGCUACUUGGAGCUCCGCAGCUCACUAGUCUUGGGACUGGCUCAUUUAGCCAUGAUGAGGAACCUCUGAGUGAGCAAGAACCAGAUUAUGCAGCUGCAUUUCGUGCCUGUAAAUCUGUUGUUUGCUUGUCAGGAUUCAGGGAGUUAAUGCCUGAGUACCUUCCAGCUAUAUAUCCGGUGUGCGCUAACCUCACCUCCCUGAACUUCAGUUAUGCUAAUAUUUCUCCUGACAUGUUUAAGCCCAUCAUACAAAAUUGCCACAAACUCCAGGUUUUCUGGGCUCUUGAUUCUAUAUGUGAUGAAGGACUACAGGCAGUUGCUGAAACUUGCAAGGAACUCCGUGAACUCAGGAUCUUCCCUUUUGAUCCUCGGGAAGACAGUGAAGGUCCUGUCUCUGAAGUAGGCCUCCAAGCGAUCUCUGAGGGUUGUAGGAAACUAGAAUCUAUUCUCUACUUUUGCCAGCGCAUGACUAAUGCUGCCGUGAUAGCCAUGUCAGAGAACUGUCCUGAGCUUACUGUGUUUAGGCUUUGCAUAAUGGGUCGACAUAGGCCUGACCAUGUGACAGGGAAGCCUAUGGACGAGGGAUUUGGUGCCAUUGUUAAAAACUGCAAGAAGCUAACUCGGCUUGCAGUGUCCGGGUUGCUUACAGAUCAAGCUUUUAGGUAUAUGGGUGAGUAUGGGAAAUUGGUCCGUACUCUGUCAGUAGCUUUUGCAGGAGACAGUGACAUGGCUCUGAGACAUGUCCUUGAAGGUUGUCCUAGACUGCAAAAACUUGAGAUAAGGGACAGUCCAUUUGGGGAUGCUGCGCUACGUUCUGGUAUGCAUCGAUAUUACAACAUGAGGUUUGUUUGGAUGUCAGCAUGUAGCUUGUCAAGGGGAUGCUGCAAGGAUAUUGCAAGUGCAAUGCCGAAUCUAGUUGUGGAAGUGAUUGGGUCAGAUGAUGAUGAUGAGAAUAGGGAUUAUGUCGAGACUUUAUACAUGUAUAGGUCGCUUGAUGGUCCAAGGAAAGAUGCACCAAAGUUUGUCGCAAUUUUAUAGAAACAAGAACAUUUUGGUGUUGCCUAUUUUGAAGAGAGAAGAUGGGUAGAUGUAGGAGGCUCAGAUGAUGAUGAUGGUGGUGGCAACAGAGAGGCACACUGCAUGAUUGUUGAUGAUGAUGAUGGUUGGGAGGAUCGCAUGAUUGUUGUAUCAUUAUUUCUUUUUAAUUUAUUUUUGGGUUUAAAAGUUCUUAUAUUUGGUUGGUUAGGUGGAACAAUGGAUAUAUGUUUUCGGAGCAUCGAUGUUAGUUAGACAGCUGAGUUGGUUCUCUAUGUUUUCUUUUAAUAAGCUGCUCUUUUUGGCUCUCUUAGUUGUUGUUAAGAACUAAUGAGAUAUUUCUUUCCAUUUUUAAUUAA